AUGGGUCCCGCCUCCCGCCUUCGCGGCCGAGGAAGCUCGGCGCCUCGGGCCCUCGGAGCGCGGAGACGGAGCGGGGCGGCGGGGAGCCAGCCGGGUGGGCGCGUCACCGCCGGGAGCCCCCUGCACUGUGACGCGCGCGCGGGGCGCCCACGGCCGCCGCCUGUCCCCGCUGGGCCCGGAGCCAGAGCCCCAGCCGGAGCGGAGCGGACGAAGGCAGCCCUGCGGCUCCUGGAGUCUGCGCUCGGGCGCCGGGUCCCCACCGGCCGCUCGGUGUCCGCGCUGGCGACGGGAGGUGUGUGCGGCUUCGCCAGCAGCGCCCGCGCGCGUGCCAAGUCCUACGCGGACCCCGUGGAGGCCGUGAGAGACAGCCCGGACGGCGCGAGGAUCAUGGUCCGGGGCUUCGGCCUCUGCGCGAUCCCGGAGAACCUGAUAGGGGCGCUGCUCAAGACCCGCGUGAAGGACUUGACCGUAGUCAGCAGCAACGUCGGGGAGGGGAACUUCUGGCUCGGCCUUUUCCUGGGGAUCAAGCAGAUCACCCGCAUCGUCUGCUCAUACUUGGGGGAGAACUCGCUCUGCGAGCACCGGUACCUGGCGGGCGAGCUGGAGCUGGAGAUCACGCCCAAGGGCACCCUGGCGGAGCGCAUCCGCGCGGGGGGCGCCGGCGUGCCCGCCUUCCACACCCUCACGGCCUACGGGACCCUGGCCCAGGAGGGAGGCGCACCCAGGAAGUACUUAGAGGACGGCCACAUCGCCAUCCUGCGUCAGCCCAGGGAGGUGAGGGAGUUCCACGGACAGCACUACCUUCUGGAGCACGACGUCACGGCCGAUUUUGCUUUGGUGAAAGGGUGGAAGGCCGACCGGGCAGGAAACGUCAUCUUCAGGGCCAGCGCCAGGAACUUCAACGUGCCCAUGUGCAAAACUGCGAGAACCUCAGUGGUGGAGAUUGAAGAAAUUGUGGACCUGGGGCCGUUUGCCCCAGAGGACAUCCAUGUUCCUAACAUUUACUUAGAUCGAGGAAUACAGGGGGGAAAAUAUGAGAAAAGAAAUGAGAGUUUAACGAUCCGGAAAGAGGAUGAUGAAAUAUGCAAGUCUGCAGAUAGUAUAAGGACACGGAGCAUCAACCAGGCAGCUCUUGAAUUUGAGGACGGCCUGUAUGCCAGUGUGGGCAUAGGAAUCCCUCUUCUGGCCACCAACAUCAGCCCCAGGAUAACCGUUCAUCUUCACAGUGAAAAUGGAAUCUUGGACUUGGGUCUGUUUCCACUGAAAGAGGAGGUGGACGCAGAUCUCAACAAUGUGGGCAAGCAAACAGUCACCCUUCUUCCUGGGGGCUGCUUUUUCUCCAGCGAUGAAUCAUUUGCCAUGAUUCCAGGGGGACGCAUCGACCUAACCUUGCUGGGAGCCAUGCAGGUUUCCAAACAUGGUGACCGCAACUGGAUGAUACCUGGCAAGAAGGUGAAAGGAAUGGGGGUUGUGAUGGCUCUGGUGUCCAGUACCGAGACCAGAGUGAUGGUCACCAUGGAGCAUUGCACCAAGGCUAAUGAACCCAAAAUCUUGGAGAAAUGCACCAGACUGUUGACUGGGGAUCGGUGUGUGGACUGAAUCAUCACCGAGAAGACCGUGUUUGACAUGCACAGGAAGAGAGGACUGGGCUUCCCUGGACUGACCCUGAUCGAGCUCUGGGGUGACCUGACGGCAGAGGACAUCGAAAAGAGCACGGGGUGCACCGUUGCCAUCUCCCCGAAUCUCAGACCCAUGCAGCAGGUCGAAACCUAG